GGUCCGCUGAAUGUUUGGUGGUGGUGUGGUGGUGGUGGAGCUGAAGACCGGAGUACCGAAAAGUGGAAAAGUGAACAUUUGUUUUGCGUGGUUUUAUUUCCAGUCGUAAUUUCGUCGAAUUAUGCUUUAAAAUCUGAAAAUCUAACAUCUUGACUACCAUGGAAUCAGAACCUCCGAAAAGUGUGCUCGAGAAGGAAUUCUCAGAUAUAGACGCCGACGGUGCUUGGCCGCUCAUCUUUCAGCACAUACGCACCGAAUGUUUAAACCAUGAUUUCUCUACGAAUGAGGCCAAAAAGAAACAUAAUGUGUGUUUAAACCGAUAUAGAGAUGUAAUUCCAUACGACCACAGCCGCAUUGUUCUCAACAGAGGUCCAUGCGAAUAUAUAAAUGCCAAUCUUGUCAAGAUGGAAAAAGCCAGGCGGCAAUACAUUCUCACACAAGGCCCACUGCCGACAACCACAGGUCAUUUCUGGCUCAUGGUCUGGGAACAGAAAUGCAAAGCAAUUGUGAUGCUGAAUAGGAUUAUUGAAAAAAAGCAGAUAAAAUGUCAUCAAUACUGGCCUGAUGGGAAACAUCCUGGAGUUGAUGAUAUGUUGGAUCUGCCAGAUGUUGGCUUGCAAGUGUGUCACCUGUCUGAGAAAACUGAAGAAUCAUAUUAUAUUACUAGAGUCUUCAGGCUGACAGACAUUGCAAGUGGAGAAAGCAGAGAAGUUCUCCAGUUCCAUUACAUGACAUGGCCGGACUUUGGGGUACCCCAGAGCCCUACUGUGUUCUUACGAUUUCUCUCAAUUGUUCGAAAAAGUGGAGCUCUGGAUUCUGACGUAGGGCCUGCAAUUGUUCAUUGUUCAGCAGGAAUAGGUCGAUCUGGGACUUUUUGCUUGGUGGAUUCAUGCCUAGUCUUGAUGGAAGAGUAUGGGGCUGAAGGUGUAAAUGUUAGAGAAAUUUUAUUAGAAAUGCGUCGGUACCGUAUGGGCCUAGCUCAAACACCAGAUCAGUUACGAUUUUCUUAUCUUGCAAUUAUAAAGGGCCAUAAUGAUGGUCUAGAGGUAGAUGAUGUGGAAUGUGAAGACAAUGAUGUAGAGCUAGAGAAUCAAGAAAAUCACACAGAUGAACCACCUCCUUUGCCACCUGCUAGGGUAGAUUCCCUGAUUACAAGACCAACUGCUCCAAGCAUAGGUUCUCCACCAUCUUCCCCUGAUGAAGAUUCUGUUUCAGAAGCAGAUAGCAGUGAUGAGUCUGAUUCUUCUGAUGCCCCCACAAGGCCUCUACCAACUGAACCAUACAGUGAAAGCAUGCAAACUGAUUCAGUCUCCUCUGAGCCGCCUAGUAGGCCCCUUCCUGAGUUGCCUGAACACAUGAGCUCUUCAGAUGAAGGUUCUCUUGAUGUGAAUUCAAGCCCAGACAGCCCUGUUCUUAGUGAGAGAAGUGAAAGUGACGAUGGUUUACGGAAGCGACGGAAGGUUGAGCGAGCCGAGCGGAAGGGGAAAAUGCAGGAGAGACUUCAGGGCAUGAAGAGGAAACAGCAGCAGGCAGAUGAUUGGCAGAAAUUGAAGAGGUCUAUAUUUCAGCCAAUGAAUAUUGGCCUCGCUAUCUUGGUCUUGGGGGGAGGGGCAUUGGUUUAUUCUUAUUAUGCCAGCCGUUCUUAAGUGCAUAGGUAUUGGGUAGAAACUGUGGAGCUGGUUGCCUCAUCCCUGUACCAUUCUCAUUUUCGUGGUCAUUUAAAAACAAUCAACUCUUGUUUUCAAAGAGUUACCUAUUUGCUUUCACCUCCCUUUGAUAUUUUGUUGUUGCUUUUUUCACUUGUUGAGUCAUGCAUUCCCGGACCAUUUUUUUUUUUUUACUUCAGUGCUCUGAAACUGGACUACUGUGAUCUGCAUUAUCGAAUUAGCUCUAUCAUUCCCAUGUUGCAUUUUUUAAUUCUGAUUUUCUUCUUGAGAUUUCACUGUGAAACCAAUGUAGGUCAGCAGUAUAUCUUAGUCAACUUGAUCAAUUUAUUUUAAAGACUUUUAAUCAAUCAAAUUGUCUGCAGUGUUUUUCUUAUCAAUUCUGAGAAAACUUUUCCAGAUUUAUUGUGUUUGGGUUCUAGCUGCCUUUUGGUUCAAUGUUUAUUUCAAAUUAGUUUAGUCUAAUUUUGCACUGGGUCCAAGCAUUAUUCCAAACUUAUGUUGUUUGCCUCCUUUGCCUGUCUCUUUGCUGUCCUUUUGGCUGGUUUAUUUUAGAGUGCCAUCACUAGUAGAUUUUUAGUAUAUUCUCAUAUAAAUAUAUAUCUAUAUAUAUUUUUAUAGCAAUUAAUAACUCAAGUUCCAUCAUUUAUGUUUCUUAGAGUAGCCUGUGUGAUUCCCACUCUCAUAUUGACACAUCUUGGUAAUGGAUGCGGUAGACACAGUAUUUUUCUCCCUCGCAUGAAAGGGUCAAAGUUUAUCUGAACAGAAGCACAGGUUCUUCAUUUUUACACUGGGCUUGUAAGAACUUAGUCUGCUUUCAUAAACAAGACGUCUCAAUAUUUCUGUCAACUUGCUCUAAUAUUUAAUUCUGAGAGCUGACCGCAGCAACUAUGAUGGAAACAUGAGUUUAUUUUGAGUUUUCUCUCAGCUCUACAUGUUGUUCUUUCUUUUUUUUUUCCCCCUUACCGUCUUCUGUUAUUUACAAUGUCUAACAGAUAACUCAUGAGUAUGUCAAGGAGAGUUUCAUGUUUUUUUUAUAGAAAUAUGUUGCUGAGUGUGGAGGCCACUGUCUAUUUACCACUUUGGUAUUUGGUUCUGUUCUCGUCCCUGUUGAAUCCAUGUUGGGUACUUUCUGUCCUCAAGUAACUAAUCAACCACCCCUGAAUCAUGACUUCAGUUCAUAUAGUAGAUGUCUUUUGGAAAAUUUUGGCUGAAGUAUUGUUUAUUAUUCUGCAUUUUGUACUCAAGCAGUAAAGUUCUUGAAAGUAAAGUGCAUAUAAGGUCUUCCUUGUAUAGCAUUAUCCGGCAAUUUUGUUGGUGCCAUUUGAAUCUGCAUUUAAAGCGAAAACUUAGUGUUUGCUGUGUGGUAUAUUGCCGCAAGCAUGGGCAGAGUUGUAAGCGGCUUUUACUGUGUCUACCAGAGAGCAAGUGUAACUAAUUCCUAACCAGGAGUUAACUGAGUUAACAGGUGUGUGUAUUUUUACUUACCGGUAUAUAUCUUAUACUUCAUGACCGUUGACAAUUUCCUUUUACUUUAAUUUUUGAAAUUUGAACCAGUUUUGAGAGAUUGAAUGAAGCUCUAAGUCUAGAGGGCAUUUCACUAUGACAAAUGUGUGAAUGUCUACCAACAAAGUUUUCUCUGUAUUUAAGAAAACAAUCAAAAAGGUUUGUUUUUUUUUUCAGGGGGGGGGGGGGGGCCUUGAUCUAAAAGCCUACAUGUACUUUUGAUCAGAAAGUAAAGAAAAGUUAUCACGGAAACUUUACUUUGGGAAGCAUUUCAUAAUUACCGAUUCCUAUUAAAUGUGUGAUGUAAGGGUUAAAAAAGAAAAUUUGUUGGAACCUGUGCUUUUUGGAUUAGUAAUGAUGGUCACUACCAUAAGAUUAUAUGUUUCAUAGGGUUAAAGUGGGAUCAAAUUUCUGUGAUUUCAAGGUCUUUUUCAUUGUUUGCAUGUGUGGUGUAAGGCACUCCACUGGUUUGCACCCAAAAAUGAUGACACUUCUUACCUUUUAGUAAAAUAAGGUCGUAAUUCUUAUCCAUUCAUUAGUAGUAACUGUUGUUGGAUGGGGUGUUGUCAGUCUGGUUAAAGAUUUAAAAUUUUCUGGCACACUAACCACUUUGAAGGUUAGUGUGAUCUUUCUGCUAGCUGUCCCUGCUCAAAAGGAGAAAAAAAUCAAACUUAUUUAACAACUGAAAAAUUAUAUUUUUUGAUGGGGUAGCUGUACAUGGUAGGUCUAUUUUUUCAAUUUCAUUAGACAUUAAUUACAGUUAGUCCAAUUUUCAUGUCACACUUGUGUGAGGUAUGAACUGAUUCAAAUUCCUUCUUUGAAUAUAAGCCCUUAUAAUAAUAGAAUAUUAUUCAAGCCUUUUUCAGGAAGCAUUACACAUUUUUUACCUCCCUUCGGAAAAUUUUGGAAACUUGUGUCUUCAUGUCAUAGACUUCUUCAUUUUAGUUUGUUUUUCUUGUCUCUUUAAUUGUACAGUUAUGUUUCUUUCCGAGAGGAAAAGAACACUAUUAAGUUUAUGCCCGAAACUUGCUGACGAUUCAUAAUUUUAUUUUGACUUCAAUAUUAUUUUUUGUAACUCCGCAGUGCCAUCAUCAGCCUUCUUGCCUUUAUUUAAUAUAUGUGUGGUGAGGUAUGUGUGCUUUUGGCACAAGCAAGAAAUACAGUGCUCACAUCCUCUGGUAGUUUCUAUCUCUACAUAUCUUCUAGAUUUCGUAUGACAAAACCAACUGUGUACUCAUACACUUUUGUUCAGUAAAUUGGUGUAAAAAUUUUGAGAUAUAUUAGAAGUAAUUUCAACUUCUUGCAAAAUUAGCUGAAAAAUAAACUAGAAACUUUUUAUGAG